AAACAUCUUGAUUGAUUUCCUUGUACAUAUAGAAUGUACAAUGAAUUUUAAUUCAUUUUCUUUAGAUUUUUAUAUCAAACCUUCAAAGUAAUUCUUGUUACAUUUAUUGUGGAAAUGAAGUAGUAUAUUCUUGUAUAAGAUAUUUUACUUUGUUUCCUUUGUUUUUCCUAGUUUCCUUGUAUAAAAGAUUUUGACUAAUUCCCUUGUAUGUAAAAUUUUACUUAUAUUUUCCUUUCUUAUAUACACAAUAUUUAUGCAACCAAGAGUGUGACCUAGUAGGUUAGUGAAGUUGGGUUGAGCAACCUGAUUAUCUGAGCUCUCAGGUUCAAUUUCCAACAGAGACAAGCAUCAAGUGAUUUCUUCUAUAAAUUAAUCGACGUGCAUGCAAACUGUCCCGAACACCACAAUAAUAUGUAAAAUAUUUACGUUUAUUUUUAACCUUAAUUGUUACCUAUAAAACUUUACUUUAUAAUUCCUUUUUAAUUUUUCUUUUGAUAACUUUAAGCAAAGUCCUAUAUUUCGACUCUUAACUAAAGUGAAAAAUUAGAGGGAUAAUAUCAUUGAAUUUGAGCUUUCACUUUUUGUAAUUUUGUUAUUGCAUGACUUUGUAUGAAUGUGACAAAUCAACCCAUCCCUUCAACCUCACAAGUGGUCCUUCUUCUCCAUUAAUACAUUUGAUACCCCUUUUUCUUAUCCUUCACUCUCUUUUCUUCUCUAUACUAUUAACGAUAUACAUUUUCAUUCAAAUUGAAAAAAAAAAAAAAAAGUGAAAUAGGCAAAUUUCCCAAAUUGAACUAAAUUAGUAUAUUAUAACAAAGAAAGAACAUAUAGAUAUGUCACCUUCAGAUUGGAGCAGAGAAGAAGAAAAGGCUUUUGAAAAUGCCAUUGCUAUGCACUGGGUUGAAAAUUGUGAACAACAAUGGGAGAAAUUUGGUUUAAUGGUCCCUACAAAAACCAUUGAUGAGCUGAAGCAACAUUACCAGUUACUUGUUGAUGAUGUUACAGCAAUUGAAGCAGGGCAAGUUCCAAUACCGAAUUACAAAGGAGAAGAAGCUUCUUCUUCUUCGACCAAAGAGGGAAAUCUAGGGUAUUCUGCAGGUUCAGUAGACCGCCGGUCUAAUUGUGGUUAUUCAAAUGGAUUUUCCGGGACGAAUCAUGACCCGAUUGGCCAUGGCGGAAAAGGGAAUUCUAGGUCUGAACAAGAGAGACGAAAGGGGAUUCCAUGGACUGAAGAAGAACAUAGGUUAUUCUUGCUAGGUUUAGAGAAAUUUGGGAAAGGAGAUUGGAGAAGUAUAUCGAGGAAUUUUGUGAUAUCGAGAACACCAACACAAGUAGCUAGUCAUGCUCAGAAGUAUUUUAUACGUUUGAAUUCCAUGAAUAGAGAUAGACGAAGGUCGAGUAUACAUGACAUUACAAGUAUUAACAAUGGAGACGUAUCUACUCACCAAGCGCCAAUUACAGGCCAACAAGUGAAUACAAAUCCAUCAAAUGCAGCAGCACUUGGACCAUCUGUUAAGCACAGAACUCAGCCAAAUAUGCAUGGUAUGGGUAUGUACGGUGCUCCCAUGGGUCAUCCCGUCGCAGCACCGUCGAGCCACAUGGCGUCAGCUGUUGGAACUCCGGUUAUGAUGCCUCAUGGACAUCCUCCUUAUGUACUUCCAGUUGCAUAUCCCAUACCACCGCCACCACCACCCAUGCACCAGUGAAUGUAAAGGGCAAGUCCGGUGCACUGAAGCGUACGUAACCUUACUUUACAUUUGUGCAUGAAGCCGUUUCUACGACUUAAACCCAUGACCUCCUUGUCACAUGGCGGCAACUCCAUGCACCAGUGAAUUGAGUGAAUAACGGGAAUUUCGUUUUCUAAUUUCUAUAGAGUUAUUAGUAGUACUAUAUCAUAAAUGCUUUUCAUGAGCUUCUAAGUGAAAAACUGAAUUUUGAAAGGCUCAUGGUUGGCUAGUAUCACAUUCUCCCAAUUGUUAUUUUUAUUUGUAUGACCGAUUGAGAAAUUUGUAAAUAUUAGAGUUUAGUCUGUGGAUGUUUCAUGGGA